ACGCCGCAGAGGCUCUGUCAGAUUAGCCAGUUGAAGCUAAUGUAGCUGUCGGGUAACGUUAGCUUUGUAAACGUUACUGAAACUAACCCGAGGGAAGUCAUGGCGUCUGUUUUAGAUGCUCUCUGGGAAGACAGAGACGUUAGAUUCGACAUAACAGCACAGCAGAUGAAAACACGUCCAGGAGAAGUACUAAUUGACUGUCUGGACUCCAUAGAAGACACGAAGGGAAACAACGGAGAUCGAGGCCGGCUGUUGGUAACAAACCUGAGAAUCAUUUGGCAUUCUUUGGCUCUACCCAGAGUCAAUUUAUCUGUGGGUUACAACUCCAUCAUUAACAUCACAACAAGGACAGCUAACUCAAAAUUGCGAGGCCAAACUGAAGCACUCUACAUCCUGACAAAGUCCAACAACACAAGAUUUGAGUUCAUUUUCACAAAUGUGGUUCCAGGAAGUCCACGGCUCUUUACUUCUGUCAUUGCUGUCCACAGGGCCUAUGAGACAUCUAAAAUGUACAGGGACCUGAAAUUGCGAGCCGCUCUCAUUCAAAAUAAGCAGCUCAGACUCUUGCCCCGGGAGCAAGUGUAUGAUAAAAUUAAUGGAGUUUGGAAUUUAUCCAGUGACCAGGGAAACCUGGGAACCUUCUUUAUCACAAAUGUUCGGAUUGUGUGGCACGCCAAUAUGAAUGAGAGCUUUAAUGUCAGCAUUCCUUACCUUCAGAUCUGGUCUAUCAGAAUAAGAGACUCAAAGUUCGGCUUGGCUUUGGUGAUCGAGAGCUCACGCCAGAGUGGUGGCUAUGUGCUCGGGUUUAAGAUUGAUCCUGUGGAUAAGCUUCAGGACGCACUGAAGGAAAUCAACUCGUUGCAUAAGGUGUACUCUGCCAACCCCAUCUUUGGAGUGGACUAUGAAAUGGAAGAAAAGCCCCAGCCGUUGGAAGAACUCACAGUGGAACAGCCUCCUGAUGACGUGGAAAUCGAACCCGAUGAGCAGACCGAUGCUUUCACUGCUUACUUUGCUGAUGGAAAUAAGCAACAAGACCGUGAGCCGGUUUUCUCUGAGGAGCUGGGCCUCGCCAUUGAAAAGCUGAAGGAUGGCUUCACUCUUCAAGGACUGUGGGAAGUUAUGGGCUGAAAUAACAUGAAACAUGAUUAACAUUUAUGUACUCUAUGUAGAUAUUGUGAUUAUGAAGGCUACAGUUUAUUUAUUUAUAGGUCAGGUUACAAAUUGUCCAGUUUAUUCAUAGUGAACUGAAUUACAUGUAUAUGACAUUUAUUGUGGAAUAUUUGUCUAAAACAUUUCCUUGUAGUGAAUUGAAUGUGAAAUAUAAUGCAGUUUGUAUUGUUUAAAGUUAAUAAAUGUAUUUAAAUACA